AGUCCCCCCGCACAGAGGGAGGCCCCCAAGAUGGCGAUGCUGGCGGAACCCCGGAGGAAGCAGAAGUGGUCUGUGGAUCCACGAAACAGCGCCUGGAGCAACGAUGACUCCAAAUUUGGCCAGAAGAUGCUGGAAAAGAUGGGCUGGUCCAAAGGAAAGGGUCUCGGGGCUCAGGAGCAAGGAAAUCCAGAACACAUCAGGGUUAAGGUGAAAAAUGACACACUGGGAUUAGGAGCUGCCAUCAAUCAUGAGGACAACUGGAUUGCUCAUCAGGAUGAUUUCAACCAGCUUCUGGCUGAGCUGAAUAGCUGCCAUGGACAGGGUGGAACAGAGUCCUCUGUGAAAAAGCAGAAAAAGACAUUCAGCCUCGAAGAAAAAUCCAAAUCCUCCAAGAAACGUGUCCAUUAUAUGAAGUUUGCCAAAGGUAAGGAUCUCUCAUCACGCACUGAACAGGACCUGUCCUGCAUUUUUGGGAGGAGACAGAAGAGUGCCAAGACCCAGGAGGAUGUUGCUGAUCCUGACUCCCAGGAAGAGAAGAACAGCUCAUUCUCCAGCCCUGGAGAUGGCUCCAAUACAGUGAAGAGCGUUCUCACUGUCCAGGAAUAUUUUGCCAAGCGCAUGGCAAAGCUGAAGGGAUCCCAGAAGGAAACAGAAACAAAGGUGGAUCAUCCCAGCCCAGCAGCUGAUGAAGCUGUGGAGCCUCCAGAAGAGCUGGAAACCAAAGUCAAAAAGAAAAAGGAGAAGAAGAAGAGAGAUGAUGAGGAAGAGAGGACAGAGGACUGUGAGAAACCAGGGAAAAAGCCUAAGACAGGGAGCUUGAAUGGAAAUGAACUGAAUGAUCCACUAAAUGAAUGUCACAAAAGGAAAAAAAAGAGGAAACAUAAAGAAGAGAAUGAAGGAGAAGACAUCAGUUGUGAGGAAAACACAGGCAAUGGAGAAAUUUCUGUGGGAAUGUCUGAGGGGGAGGAACUCAGCACAGAGGAGCAGGAGGAAAAGCAGAAAAAACGCCACAAGAAGAAGCACAAAAAACAAAAAGGGGAGACAGGGGAGUGUGAGGAAGGAGCACCCAGAAAGAAAAAGAAGCACUGCAAAAAUAUUUAACCCUUUCAGGCUCAGGGGUCAGUCUGUGUUAGAGGAGGCUCUGUGUGAACACAGCACCAAUCCAGGCUUGGACACUGCUCCAGCAGCCUGGGUCUAAACUCAGGCUGGGUCUAAACUCAGACUGGAUCUAAACCCAGCUCUCCCAAGGGAAAACAUGGUGAUGGGCCAGCAGGAGCUUCAGUGCCAUGUUCAAAAAGGAUCCACAUGGAGGAUUAACACAUCAGGACUGUGAAAGGCAGGGAAUGACUUUCUGCUGCUUCACACUGACUGUUUUUUGGAAUCUAGGAAAAAAAUAAUUAAAUUUCACCUUAGUACUGCCUUUUUAUUAAAAUUGUUUUCAAUUGUGAGAGCCCAGCUCUGCUUCUGGAAGCAGAAGGGGGUUUGCAAAGCUGUCUGUGUUCUCAUUGAUUUUUGCAAGGUGGUGUCUAAUUUUUGUUGUUUCUUCCCAAAAUGCUUACUCUGAUAAAAGUUUGGUCCUAAGUGUCAGCACUAAAGGAUGAAAUAAAAAGACCUCCCUGUGCCUCCAAAUCAUUGUCAAACAGUUGUAACUUUGCACCAAAGCUAAAGGAAAUGUGUAUUAACCUUAUCAUUUAUUAACCAUACCUAAAUCUUUGAUUUCCAGGCAAUACUCUGGAUCUCCUCACUGGUACCUCUGGAAUGCAAAGCUGCCUUGGAUAGAGCAAGGUUUGUCCCUGAAAUUGGGAGACCAAUAGAUUUUAAAAGCACAGGCAGAUUGUUAUUGCCAUUCACACAUGGAAAACUUGCAAUUUGGAUUUAUAACCAAACUAGAGCUUGUUUCCCAUUGUAAGAAUGCUGGAACUGGGCACUGCCACGAGCAGUUUUUGUGGGAGAUCUGAAACAUUCAGCAUCAAUUUUGGCAUUUUAAUGUCACUCAGAGCUGUCAGAAGAGAAGUGGUGGACUAGGAAAAAGGAUUCACCUUCCUGGUGCCCUGUUCUGAUAUUUCUUUGGCCACAGCACAACCCUGAACACCAGCCAGUUAUCCUGGCAGAAUCCAGAAUCCAAAUCCUCAUUUCAUCCAGGCUGGGUUUCAUCAGUGUAAAUCUAAAACAUCCCAUUGGCUGCUCUGCUGAAGAAAAUGGGUACAUUUUUAUAUUGUCUCAGCUCAGCAGAGUUGCUUAACAUGGUCUGAGGAACAUUGUCAAGAUGCAGAUGUUAAUGAGGAAAAAAAUUUCCUUAAGCUGCCUUUAUUGUGCAGUGGAGGAAGCUCCAUCUGCAGCACCCAGACCACAUGGAUGGUUUGGUUGCAGCUCAACUCCUCUUUUUUUAAGAUCUUUUGCUUUCUAAAGCACCUUUUUUUUUUCCCCUACCCUCAGGACAUGCUCAUUCA